AUUUUCUAAAAAAUAAUUAUAAGUUCAAUGAAAUAACUAUGCUAAAAGGAUGAACAAUUUGAUCUCAUUAUUGAUGAUAAACUAUCUAGUUAAGAAUAAUCAACAUCAACACAAUCUAAACAAAGCAAUGCAAACUUAGCUAUGCUACAAGACAAUUCUAAAAAUUUUAAAUUAAAAAGAACCCAAAGUAUUUAUUAUAACUAUAAUUUAAAGAAAGUUUACUAUAACUUAAUCAUAUUCCUCCAUAAAGAAGAGGGUCUCAAUCUUGUGCAGAACCUAUUUAAAUCAUUUAGGAAGAGGUAAUCCCUCUUUAUAUAUAACUAUCAAUAGGGUCAUUCAUUUAGAAAACCAAAUAUUUACAAUGUAUUUUGGUAUGAUGAAAAUAUUGAUAAUAAAUAUGAAAUCAUUGUAUCAACAACACAAGAUACCUUGAUCUCUGAUUUUAUUGUGUUAGUUAUAAAAGAAUUCAAUUUGUAACAUGAUUAUAUUCAUUCCCCAUUCACUUAAGAUGGAUCACUCCUCUAUGAAUUGUACAUUCCAAAAAAAAAAAAUGGAAAACCAAACGAAGAUUUUCCAGGUAUUUUAUUGUUUAAUAUUCUUUAAAGCCUUUUCAGAUUAAACUCAAUUAGGUUAAACUAAUAUAACACAAUUUGCCCUCAAAGUGACAAAAUUAAACUCUCAUUAUGUUAGUUCAUUUACUCAAUAAAAUUAAAAUACCUAGUUACAAAUAACAAAGAUUAAAGAUGAAAAUCCAGGGGAUUAAAAGUCUUUCUGGUAGAAAUUUUUCUUUUGUUGUAAUUUCGAUAUCUGA